CCAUGAUAAUAAUAAAUACUCACUCCUGCUACCUUUUUGACAGGAGCCUACACUCCAUGCUAAACAAACCCCCUGAAUAAUUUUUUGGUUCAAAUUUGCGAAAUGCCCGCAAGCAGGCCCGAGAUCAAGGCUCCACGCCCAAGACUGCCGUUGUUGAAUCCGUCAAAUAAUCACACCUUUAUACAGCCAACAAAAAGGAUCAACGACGGGCAAGACAUCGCUAACUUUCUAACUUCGGAGGCAUAUCAUGAUAUUGUUACAUUUCUGAUGCAAUUGAAUGCAUCGAUGUUUCCAACCGUGAUCCCGACCCCGGAGGGCGAAAAGAAUCAUAUCCAAACUUGGGAAGCUGGAACCAAUGCCGUGGUCUUCUCAAAUACGGUUUUAAAGCUAAAAGUUUUACUAGAGGAUCUUGAAGGAAUAAUAGCAGAAGCACCACCAGACCAAGGGCCUCGCAGGUUUGGCAACAUAAGCUUUCGAAAAUGGUAUCAGAUUGUGGAAUCUCGACUUCCCGAGCUCUUAAAAAGAAACCUACCAGCUCAAGUGCGCUCCUUUCAUCAAGACGGACAGGAUGAAACUUCUCCAGUAAUUGAGCUUGAAUCAUAUCUUUUAGGUGCUUUUGGUAGCGCUCAGAGAUUGGACUACGGUACUGGUCACGAAUUAAGCUUUUUAGCCUUCUUGGGUGGCAUCUGGAAGCUUAAUGGGUUUGCCACUACGGAUCCAGGUGUUGAGGAAAGGGGCAUAGUCCUAGGCGUUUUCGUUCCCUAUCUCUCCCUUGUACGUCGGCUCAUAAAGACAUACAGCCUAGAACCGGCCGGCUCGCAUGGGGUUUGGGGUUUGGACGAUCAUUCCUUCAUUCCGUACAUUUUGGGAUCGGCGCAGUUGUCCCCACCAAUUACUAAAUUAGAAGAGCUGCCAUCGGAAGGGUCGCUCCCAGGAGCGCCUGAUCCAGCUGCGGUUGUGAAAGCUCUUAUCGUGGAAAGAGAGCGACACCGCAAUCUAUAUUUUGACGCUAUUGGGUUUAUCUAUGAUGUCAAAAAGGGUCCCUUCUGGGAGCACAGCCCAAUACUCUAUGAUAUAUCAGGUGUUCCAGGGGGCUGGGCAAAGAUCAACAAGGGAAUGAUCAAGAUGUACAAUGCGGAAGUGCUGUCAAAAUUCCCAGUGGUGCAACAUUUUCCAUUCGGUUCUCUUUUUCAAUGGCAACAAGAUCCUCAUGCAAUGCCGCCGCCUGUUUCGGCCCACAUUUCCAGUCAACCAGCAAGAGCCAGUCCUAGCUCCGCGCAGGCGGGUUAUGCUUCUGCCCGGGAGCCGGUGCAAGAAGGUACAAGAGCGCCUUGGGCACAACCCACCUCAAUGGGAAGGCCUCCGAUGGCCGCUACAGCUGCACCCUGGUCUCGACACCCUGAUCGGACGGGACUAGGGACGGGGUCCACACACAAUCGCGGUAUAGCACGAGACGUUGAUGCUCAGGCUCAAUCCAGCGGGGAUAUCGUCGGCACUCGUGCUCCGUGGGCGAAGUAGAUGUCUGUUUCUAAUGGUGGCCGUGACUCAACAUCAAUUAUACGGCUUUGGGAGGCUCGCAGCGACACAUCUGUGACACUGCUGCUAUCUAAGCGAAAUAGGCGGGCUCAUUGCUUUGCCUCUACGCGCUGGGUCAACUGCGCUAUCUGUAUAAUAGUAAAUGAGCCAUGACGGCGCUCAAUGGUUGACAAGUGCAGGCGAUCCUGCUAGAUGUAAUAAUAAUAAAACUGCAAGAUACCCCGGCAAACCUUUGCCCAUGAAACAAUUCAAGAAUACUCAGGGUAGAUCGGAUAACUAGCAGUUGCUUGUUCUGUUAGCAACAAGCUCCAGGUUAAUCAGCUGAGGAACUCUUUGUGCUUUAAGCGAAACGCACCCGGCCAGG